AUGCCAUAUUCCCAAAUCCAGGUGUACGAGAAAUGGGAUGAGGUAUACGAGGCACGGGACGGGGUGGUAGGCGAGGGAACCCUCAUCACCCUCUAUCCCAACGGGCUCAGGGCGCUCAGCAGAAUCGUCCCUGCCAUUGUGCCCCAGGCAUGUGCGAGUGAUCUGAUAUCCCCAGGAGUACCGGACCCCACCAUUCUCGGCCGCUCUCCAACCGGCGAUCUCCCUUUCCAGUGGGACCUCGGGUCCAACAUGACUGCCUGGUUUGGAUUCCCCCUGCUGAACAUCCGCUGGCAAGAGGUCUUAGACCUGUUGCGUGGGAUGCUGCCGAACGAUGCCGUCCAUGCCGGGCACAGGCUCGUGGGGUUUACGCAGGGAGAGGAGGAAAAGGAGGGGGGAGGAGGUGCUGAGGGGAGUGGCUCGGUGAAAUGCGUGUUCAAAGAGGUUUCGGGUGGUGAAGAGCGGUUGCUGGAGGUGGAGACCGCGACCGCAACCACUCUCUGCCUCGUCAUACCCCUUUCCACCGCACUUCACCCCUCCUUUUGUUCCCUACCAUACCAUCCACCAAUCCCGUUUGCUGCUGGGGUUGGACGGCAUUCACUGAGGGACUCUACACCUCCGCUGCUGGAGGCAGACGGCAUUCACUCGGAGGCACGGAAGCAGCUGCUGGCGGGGACAGCAGGCGGGGGAGUGAGUCCGCGGGACAACGGCAGAACCCAUUGGAGGGCCAUCAUCGACAGUUCCCUCUGCACCCAUCCCGUAUGUGCCCCCUUUGAGUCGACUCAAAAGCUGCUGGUGGCGACAGCGGGCGAGGGAGUGAGUGUGCGAGACAACGGCAGAACCCAUUGGAGGGCCAUCAUCGACAGUUCCCUCUGCCCUCACCCCGUAAACACCAUUCUCUGUGCCGACCGCACUGCAACUGCUGCCGAUGCUGGAGCUGGCAGGCUCUACUGGUCGCUCGCGCUCGUUGAUUCCGCCGAUCCGACGGUCAGCAACGAGCCAUCCAGCGGGGGGGAGGAGGCACGGGAGAAGAUCCUGCAGGCUUUUGAGGGGUGGGAUGCGGUGGAGCAGCUGGUCCAUGCCACUUCCCCUGAGCUCAUUCGCGAGAGUCGCGUGCUCGACCUCCCGCCCCUGCCCUUCUGGGUCCACGGGAGGGUAGCGCUCAUGGGAGACAAGGAGAAAGAUGGGGAAGAGGGGAAAGAGGGGAAAGAGGGGGAAGAGGGGAAAGAGGAGAAUUCAGCAGGUAGUGAUGAAAGUGAGGCGAAAGCAGCGCCAAAGAUCGAAGAAGUUCAAGCGGCAUCGGCUGCAGUGGCAGCAAGAGAGGGGCGUGAUCCUGACGAGGAGCUGUAUGGUUAUGACAUUGUGGUUCUGGAGUAG